UCCUCUAGCUGACAACAACAGAAACUUAAUGAUAACAGAGAAAGAUUAGAAAACAAAAGCUUUUUUCACAGAGACGAGAGACUCACCUACAAGAAAUUUCAACUAAAACCAAGUUUUGUUUCAUUACGCUCAUACAAAAUCACACUGUACAAGAUGCUGACUCUAAACUCCAACUUCAUGAUCCACUUUCCAGUAAUUGUUAUCGUUGAACUCUUUCAUUCCUCAGUCUUUAGGUCCUCAGCCAUCUCCUUGUUCAUCUUCAUCGCUUGCUCCAUGCCUUUCUCUGUCACUUGUGCUUCCACUCCCACAAAUUCCACGUCCUUAUCAAAGAAGGAUCUUUCUGAACCGUUUGGAAUCAAAGAUUCGGUUUUGACGUCAGGCAUUGGUAAUGUCGAGGCUCAUUAUGUUCUUGGUGUCAUCAUCAUCGAUAAAGAACAUUGAUCUUUUGGUUGGAGACCUUAGCCUCAUGACUUGUGAAGAUGGAUAACAAACCUUAGCCUCAUUAUGUUCUCUGCUUUAGUGGGUUGUUGGUACCCAAGGUCUAAUCUUUUUGGUGGGUUGUGUUUAUAUACCCCAACCCAAAGGGUCUCUGAUUAAUAAUUUGGAAUGACUAAUCGCAACUCAUGUGUUCAUUUCUGUGUAUAUAAAUCCCAAACCAGUUGACCAUUAAAAGCAAAAACAAAAAUGACGAGACAUUGAAAACUCCAUCUACCUUUUUCUCCCUCCUCUUCUCUCUCCCAUUCCCAAAUUCGAACGAACCUGCAAUCCCUAAACCCCCAAUUUAGACCAUCUCCAAAUUCGUCGUCCUUUUCUCUGUGUAGUCUAAUUAUAUAUUACAAGUAGAUGAAUUGGUUACCUGAAGCUGAAGCUGAGGAGCACUUGAAAGGUAUUCUCUCUGGUGAUUUCUUUGAUGGUCUCACCAAUCACCUUGAUUGCCCACUUGAAGACAUCGAUUCCACCAAUGGUGAGGGAGAUUGGGUCGCCAGGUUUCAAGACCUUGAGCCUCCUCCCUUGGAUAUGUUCCCUGCUUUGCCUUCUGACCUCACCUCUUGUCCCAAGGGCGCCGCUCGUGUGCGGAUUCCCAACAACAUGAUUCCUGCUUUGAAGCAGUCCUGUUCUUCUGAAGCCUUGUCCGGCAUUAAUAGCACUCCCCACCAAUCUUCAGCUCCUCCUGAUAUCAAAGUUUCAUAUCUAUUUCAGUCUCUAACUCCAGUGUCAGUUCUCGAGAACAGUUAUGGUUCUCUCUCCACCCAAAACUCCGGAUCUCAGAGAUUGGCUUUCCCUGUGAAAGGCAUGAGAAGCAAGCGCAGACGCCCCACAACAGUGAGACUUAGCUACCUUUUCCCCUUUGAACCCAGAAAGUCAACUCCGGGUGAAUCAGUAACCGAGGGUUACUAUUCUUCUGAGCAACAUGCCAAGAAGAAGCGCAAGAUUCAUCUGAUCACCCACACCGAGUCUUCCACUUUGGAGUCAAGUAAGUCGGAUGGGAUAGUCCGGAUAUGCACUCAUUGUGAGACAAUCACGACCCCACAGUGGAGGCAAGGACCCAGUGGACCCAAGACCCUCUGCAACGCUUGCGGAGUCCGGUUCAAAUCUGGUCGCCUAGUUCCAGAAUACCGGCCAGCCUCAAGCCCGACCUUCAUCCCAUCUGUGCAUUCAAACUCACACAGGAAGAUCAUUGAGAUGAGAAAGAAGGACGACGAGUUUGAUACCAGCAUGAUUCGCAGUGAUAUCCAGAAGGUAAAGCAGGGGAGGAAGAAAAUGGUAUAAAAGUAGGGGUUAGUGACUGUUUUCAAAUCUGAUGAAGAGAGUUUAGGGGUUUAGUCAAGUUAGGGAUAUAACAUAUUUGUUGUUUCAUUAUGUGAUUUAUCUUAUCUCUCUCUCAUUUUGCGAGCAAUAUGGUUGCACUGACGUUUGUGUAUCAGAGGAAGAGAGGUGAAAGCCAAUGUUUGCUUUUUUGCUUCUUUGCUUCAAUCCCAUAAUCUUCUAU